CUCUGUCUUUUUGACAAAAACGUGGAUAAAGUUUUGUUCUGUUACCUGUCUUGUGCUGAUCUGACACAAAAUAAAAAAAAAUAAAAAAAACAAAACAUUUGCUUAUUUAUUAUGGUAAAAAUAUGUGUAAUUGGGAUAUUGAAGAUAAAAAGAGACGAUAUAUAGCGAUAAAGAUAUAAAUGCAAGUAGUGGGAACCCUCAAUAAGACAAUCCUCAUUAAGACGUAAUCUCAGACUAUUUUUAACCAGAAGUUCAGAAAUGACAGCAAAGAAAACAAAAAUUAGCGUGGAAGACCUUAAAGAAUGGUAUAAAAAAAGGCAUCGCACCUUUAUUGCCUUUACAUGUCAAAAUACUUGCUUGGGGAUGGAAUAUUCUUUGACAUUUGUAACUUUAUGGCUAUAUCUUGAAGAAACGCUAAAAGCCUCUCAAUUAAAACUGUUCUAUGGUCUAAUUUCUGCAGUGUACGUAACGACACAGAUAGCAGCAUCAAUUGUUAUUGGUUAUAUUUUCGAUAAGUACAGAAAUACAUCAAGUAUGUUUCUAAUUGGGAAUUGUUUCAUUGUAAUCGGAAAUGCUAUCUAUGCUAUACCAUACUCGCCCUGGAAUCUAUUUUUUGGUAGACUAAUUUCAGGGCUUGGAGGGUGUCAUCGACCUAUUAUUAGUAGUGAAUUAGCUAGAUCAUAUUCUAAUGAUGAACUAUCUUCAAAGUUUUCUAUAAUCGGGAUGGCAUUUGGUCUAGGAUUUGUUCUUGGCCCUGGAAUUAAUUUUGUUUUUGUUAAAACAGAUUUUUUUAUUGGUUGGUUACAUAUCACUUACACAAAUGCUCCUGCCUGUUGCUUGGCUGUCGUUUUUAUGUUAAAUCAAAUUUUGGUAACGUGCUUAGUGAGUGACUUGUCCAAAGAAUAUAAUUUUAAAGAGCAACAGACAUUUGGUAAGGAGAUUGCAGAACAUGCAUCAGUAAAUAACUCAGAUGAUGAAAGUAAUGCGCUGUUGCUAUCAAACAAAAACAAAAACGAAAGUUGUAUUUCUGUAUUCAUACAACUUUUAAAGCACACAGAUACUUUAAUAGUUCUCUUGUCCUCAUUUAUGUUCAUGUAUUGCAUGGUAUCAUUUGAUCUGUGGCAACCAUUGGCUAAUGUUAAACUAAUGCAUUGGGGAAUACUUGAAAUCAACAUCAUUGUGUUUGCAAAUGGAAUAGCCUCAGUCGUUUUUCUACUAUUUAUAACGUAUCGACCGUUAAAUGAUCAUUCUAUGGUAUAUAUGAGUUGGAUUUGUACUCUGUUUGUCACAUUGAUCCUAAUUAUGUAUACCGUGCUAGCAGUAUAUAACUCAAACCUAAUUCUAAACAUUGUAUGUUGGACAUGUUACCCAAUACUUUUCGCAAUUCUUGUUAUUUUUGAUGAUGUAUUUCUUAUUGGUGCUAUGGCAAAGAUGACUAGUUCACGAGUGCAAACGUUAACAGAAAGUAUAAGAUUGGCAUUUUCGCGGGCAGGAGCAUUAACAGCGUUGUUGACAGCUGCCAUCUCUUUUACACAACUACAUUAUGUGUGUACCUGUCUAGCUGUUUUAUCAUAUUUUGGAUUUUUAGCAUUAGUUUGGAGACGAAAGUCGCUGCAAAAUCCUGUUGUUAUCAUUAAAUAAUUUUUGUGCAAAAAGAAGCCGAAAAGAAAGUGCAAAGGAAGAAGAAUGUUGUUUUGUUUAAAUAUAUUUUUUUUGUAUUUUUUUUGUAUAUAUCCUUAUAAAUAUAUGUAACACAGUGAUUUUUUAAACCUUU